UGUGGGUGGUUUGUUUACGAAAUGAAACUAGACUCAAAAGCUCAAAAUCUGAAUGAAAAUUUGUACAGAUUUGUGUAUUCUAUGCAAUAGAGUAACAUAGUUUUACAAAAAAAACUGAUGGUGCUGAAUGGUGAUAAAAAAUUGAACGAAAAUUGUGUCUAAUAAAAGUUUAAUAUUAAAGAGACCCUUAAUAUCAGUAAUAUUAUGGAAGAAUGGUUGAUUAAAUGCCAGGAUUGCGUGUUUUGACUAGCCAAAUAACAUUAAAUGAAGACUUCCAUUGAAAUUUUAACACUAUUUUCCUCGUCGCAGAUUAUCAGCUGAUAUCUGUUAUUACGGUUCAUAGGAAUUGAUACGGCGACAGCUGUUUUUUUUUUGUCGUGGUUAGCGUCGUAAUGUUUAGGAAGGAGGUCGGAAAGGUUUUUCGUUAUAUGUAAUUUUUGCAUAGCGAUUGAAAAAAUGCAUCGACAUCUGUUAUCUAACGAUAUAUUUGCGGACACUCCCGAUGCUAGGUGUGACGGAAACCACGACUGUAAGCUGGACACAAGCGAGGAAUGUUAUGAGGACGACAUGAUCAUUGAAAAGCUUGAUGAUUCAGACGAUCAAAUUGUCGCAGAACUGGAAAUUGAGCCAAUAGUUUCUUCCCAGGCAGAGAGCGAGCAGCCUUCAAUUGAUGUUAAACGUUUGUAUGAUUUAGACACAGAUAGUGAAGACAUCAAGGAAGAACUUGACGAGGAAUCGGUGGAAUUUCCACUUCCUCUAGUUGAAAUAACUACAAAUCCACUGGACGUUCCAAACGAAGCUGUUAAUUCUUAUUGUCGCUUGUGUCUGCGUGAGAUUCCGAAUCUUUUCCCGCUUAUGUCCCGUAUUCAGAAUGUGCUCGUUCCGGAAAUGUUUAACAUCGUUACGGGGAUUAAUAUUAAUUUCGGCGACAAACUGCCUAAAAAGGUGUGCAUAAACUGUUUGAUAAGGCUCGACUAUGCGUACAAUAUAAGAAAGGAGUUCCUAGAUACGCAUCGUACGCUGAAGAGCUUUUCUCUGACUAGGAUACAGCCCCUGUUGGAGCAUUUGCAAAAUUAUCAGAAGAAAAUUCGCGUCACGACGGAAUCGUAUAGCGAGAAAAUACUUCGCCAACAUAAAGAUAUCAUUCGGAUGCGUCUAAUGAAGAAGCAGGAGUAUUUGGAGAAACAGGUGGAAAAUGAAGCGCUUGAGGAGCUUUCCAAAAAUAUGCCAGUGGAAAAGCUUAUGGCCACUGAUAAAACUCUCAAUGUUUACCCCAAAAUGCAAAGGAAUAUUCAGGAAGAUUUAGAAACAAUGGAAGACCUAGAAGAACCAAACGAACAAACGGAGGAGGAGUGUUUAGAAGAGGAAAAGAUGGUAGAGACGUUGAUAUACGCAGACGAAACUAAUUCGGAGCCAGAAUUUGACGAAGCCCCUAAGAAAGCACAGAAAACGAAUGCGAAACAGCACCUUGCACUGGGGAAACGUCAGCCAAGGCGUUUCUAUAACAUGGAAAUGAAGGAGACAAAACCCGACCCAAACAAGUGUUAUAUUUGUGACAUCGUGUUUGACGACACCGACGCACUGGAUUUACAUCUGCCGGAUCAUGUGGAUAUGAUUCCUUACAACUGUGAUCGAUGUGUGGAUAAAAGUGGGAAGGUGAAAAAGUUCACUUCUCUCAUUUUACUUCACAGGCAUUUUCGAAUGCAUGCUGGUUCGAUCAGUUGUCCGAUCGCCUCUUGCCCGAUACAAACGUUUACCCGUGUGGCGUUGUAUGGCCAUAUGUCGAAUUACCAUAGAUCAGAUUCGACGACGAAAUACACUUGCGAAAUUUGUGGUCAUCAGAUGGUGUCUAGGAAACGGUUCCAUAAACACAUGCGUUCCCAUGAAGCGAUUAGCGAUGGACGGUAUCCGUGCAAUCAUUGUGACAAAAAGUUCGCUACGAAGACCCGUUUGACGCGUCACGAACGUUCUCAUACCCAGGAAAGACCGUACAAAUGCAGGUACUGUGAAAAGACAUUUUCCAACGAAACAAAUCUUCACGUCCACGAGCGCAUCCAUACUGGUGAGAACAGAUUUCACUGUGAUAUUUGUGGCAAAGGAUAUCGGACCAGGUACUGUCUAAGUGACCAUAUCGGUACGGCGCAUGACGGCCUGAAAAAUCCAGACAAACCAGUAUCCAACAUGCAUCCAAAAUACUUCGUCGAGCCAAUCAAGUGUCAAACGGAAGGCUGUGAUUUUGUUGCCACAAAUAAGGGUCAGUACUACAAUCACAGGGCGAAACACACGCUGAAGUUUCACUGCGCGCGUUGCCCGGAACGGUUUCCAUCGAGACAACGUCUCGAGAUGCACGAGUUUGUUCACGACGGUAUCAAACGUUAUUGUUGCGACCAAUGUGGCAAAAACUUCCGUUUCACGAAAACUUUCAAUGAGCACAUGAAUGCACAUAAAAACAUUCGUCAGUACGCGUGCGAUGUGUGCGGAAAGGCUUUCGUACGCGAACGAUCGAUGAAGGAACAUCGUCUGAAACAUUCGGAUCAGCUGAAUUAUAAGUGUCGAAUAUGCAACAAAAAGUUUAGAUAUCGGACAGACAAAUCAAAACAUGAACGAACACACCAUAGAGAAGAAGACAUCGAUCGUACGACUUUUCAAUACGACAGCCAGGGUGAUACGGACCUGAUCGAGGAGGAAGUUGAGGCAGAUGACUAAGGCAGUUGAAUAUGCUUUAAUUUCCUAAAUCGAAAUUCUAUGAAAAUAAAUCAUGCUGCGUAUAGUAUAGAAUUGAUU